ACAACAUCAGCUUCCCGACCAACACAAAAGAAAAGAAAAGUAAAGCAAAAACGUUUCUCUGCAACUUCUUCUAUUUUACAAACACAACAACCAAUGUGAAUAAAAUCAUCAUAGAUAGCCCAGAACUUACUUGCACUUUCCCAUUAACGUGCUUAAACCACCCAAUAGCAAAAACGGAAAGUGGGUCUUCAGCUUCAAUUUUCGUUCAACAAAAACUAAAACUGCUAAGUGUUCAACACGCUCUUACCCCUUCAAACAUGCUAAAACCCGCAACUAUUUUUUUUCCAUAAAGAGACAGUGUUUCAAUGUGACAGGCAGAGGCUAUAUAUAUAGAUCUUUGAUGGGUCUUUUUGCUUAUAUGUUCUUGAGUUGUUUGUAGACAUUUUUAAAGGGUUUGAAGAUGGGUAGUGGGGGAGGUGGGCAAUCUUCUCAUCCUCAGAGCUUAAGCAUCAGAGAAUUUAUCUGCCGCGGGGGUGCAGGUGCAACUGCAGGCGCAAUUGCAGCCACUUUUGUGUGCCCUUUGGAUGUAAUCAAAACAAGGUUACAGGUACAUGGCCUCCCUGAAGCUUCACAAUCUGGUGCCAGAGGUAGUGUCAUUAUAACAAGUUUACAGCAUAUAAUAAAAAAUGACGGUUUGAAGGGGUUAUAUCGUGGACUUUCACCAACAAUACUUGCUUUACUUCCAAACUGGGCUGUGUAUUUUACACUUUAUGAGCAACUAAAAGGCCUACUCACUUCACAUGAGGAUAAUGGUGGGCAACUCACAAUUGGGGCAAACAUGGUCGCUGCUGCUGGUGCUGGGGCUGCCACAGCCAUCACAACGAACCCUUUAUGGGUUGUAAAGACGAGACUCCAAACACAGGGAAUGAGGACCGGUGUGGUUCCCUAUACAGGUGUACUUUCUGCUUUACGAAGGAUUGUGCAUGAGGAAGGCUUGCGAGGGUUGUAUAGUGGAGUUUUGCCUUCUUUGGCUGGGAUUAGUCAUGUUGCUAUUCAGUUUCCAGCAUAUGAAAAGAUCAAAUCCUAUAUGGCAAAAAAGGAAAAUACAACUGUUGACCAUCUAAGUCCUGCUGACGUUGCAAUUGCCUCUGCAAUAUCGAAAGUGCUUGCCUCUAUUAUGACUUACCCACAUGAGGUCAUUCGAUCAAGGCUUCAAGAGCAAGGGCAGGUCAGAAAUUCCGAGGUCCAUUAUGCAGGGGUGGUUGAUUGCAUCAGGAAGGUGUUCCAGAAGGAAGGUCUUCCUGGCUUUUACCGUGGCUGUGCAACGAAUCUACUGAGAACGACACCAUCAGCUGUCAUCACAUUUACCAGUUACGAGAUGAUUCACCGAUUUCUGGACCAGGUUUUACCUCCAGAUGCAAAGAAUUCGGAGGCUCACCCUAAACCUGAUGGCCAGGUGAAGUCCCAGCCAGAUACUAGGGGAAAUAUGGAAGAAAACAAACAAUCACAAACACACUCAAAUAAGAUAACACCUUCAAUCCCUCUAGGAAACAAAUAACAACUGACAAAUCUGACUGUUGGUUUUUUUUUUUAAUCUUUCUACCAUUUUGUUAGAGGAAAUUUUCCCUAAUAAGAAAAAUAUGAAAGUGUGUUAGUCAAAUGUUAAAAGUGAAUAAAAGUGUAAUUUUUUAUUGCUUUAUUUGUUAGUGCAAAUUGUACUUGACUUGUUGGGGAAUAAACCAACGAUUUUGAUCCUGUUAA